UUGAACUGCGCCGCCCCCCCAAACCGCCCCGUUUCCCCACCCCACCUCGCUGCCGGCCCCAACGUCUCUCGGCAGCCGGAGACCCAACUCGAUGGCUCAACCCAACUCGUACGAGGAGCAGCGCAGGAGGCAGGUGCAGGAGAACAAGCGGAAGCUGGACGAGCUGCGGCUGCACCGCCUCUCCGCCGCCGUCCACGAGGCCGCCGUCAAGCCCAUGCCGACCAAGGAGCUGAAGCUGCGGUGUAUUCGCGCGCCGCCGGCCCCGACCCGGCGGUCCGGCCGCGUCGCCAGUCUCCCCGACCAACCUGAUUACCGCGAGAGGAAAGCCCCGAGGGGAUUACCACAACCACCUGAUCGUGUGUACGCCACCGACGAAGCUAGAGACUACGCCUUCUCCAAGGCCGAAGAGCUCAAGAACCUGCUCUCCUCCGACCACCCCUCCUUCAUCAGGCCAGUCACCCAUCUGUAUGCCACGGGUAGCUGGCUGAAAAUCCCAGUGCAAUUCAAAAGGAGGUAUCUCCCACCGUGUGAUGAGAUGAUCUUUCUAGUGGAUGAAGAGGAUGGUGAGUUUCAGAUGCGUUACAAUGCAAAAGGUUGUGGCCUCUGCACCGGGUGGAACUCGUUCGCCAUCGGGCAAAAGCUGGCUGAUGGUGAUUCCUUGGUGUUCCAGCUAGUUCAGAGGACAAAGUUCAAGGUCUACAUAAUUAGAGCAAGUUCCUACUACGAAAAUGAGCACUGUCGACGUCUUUAGCCUCAACUUAUUGCGACCACAGAAGUGGAUCAUCAGGUCAAACAAAGGAUCCAUGGAGUGCAACAUGAUGUUUGAAGAAGUCAUCCUGAAAAGGCGCAACAGCAGCUGGCAUCAUCCUCUAGCAGUCACAUUUUACGGAGCCUGAUAAAAUACCAUGUUGAAUGCAAUGUGCCUGACCUUAAUAGAUGGCACAGUAAAGUGCAAGACUUGGGUUAAGACCAAACUAGCUGAAAUUACCGAUUCUUCAGCAUUUGCUUGGAGAGUGUUAACUCCACUUGUUUGGUUGCUAAUUAGUUUGUUAGUAUGCUUAAUUGCUGAGCGAGAAAUUGAUGUCUUAUUUCUUGAUCAAUUUAAGUUACUAGGAUUCAAGCUUU